GUUCAUGCAGUGAUUGGUAAAUAUCGAGCCAAUCCAAAUGUGAACAGCACAAGUGUACACCGAGGGAGUGGUGAACCUGCGUCAUACCUUCAACUUUCCCUCUCACUCUUCUAAUCUCGUUUUAGCCUUGGAAAUUGUUUACUGUCCGUUGACUAAGUGGGAAAAUCUGAUGGCAAAUGUGGUAGGCUACCACAAAACGGAACUUUUUGAUCAUACACACACCGCGGAUUAUUUGACAGGGACAACAGCCGAGGAAGAUUUAUAGAAGAUUUUCAUGGAUAUUUUAUUUUAGAAAAAAAACUUUUUUCUCACCGGAAUAUCAUCCACAGGCUGUCCAUCUUCCUAGAGAGGGGAGCGCUUGGUGUCUGUGUUUCCGCGGUAUGUCUGUGGGCUCGUGGCGAUCCUUCACUCACGAGACGAGAUGAGACAGCAGGUGCUCGCGCUCAGCGCGCUCGUGUUUCUCUGUGCACCUCAACCUGUAACUUCACAAACACAAGAAGUUUGCACAGGCACCAAGAAUGCUCUGAGCUCCACAGGCUCGCCUGCUCAACACUACAACAACCUAAAGGAGCGCUACACCGGAUGUGAGAUCGUCAUGGGCAACCUUGAGAUCACACAGAUGGAGAGUGACCUCGACUUCUCCUUUCUUGGAAGUAUCCGAGAGGUCACAGGCUACAUCCUCAUUGCUAUGAACCAGUUCAGCAGGUUGCCGCUGGACCAACUAAGAGUGAUUCGUGGUAGCAGCCUGUAUGAGAAAGAAUGGGCCCUUUCUGUCUUCCAUAAUUUUGAGAGUCACAGUGGCCUGGAAGAUCUGGGCCUCACCAACCUCACAGAGAUCUUGGAAGGAGGAGUACAGAUUGUCCAUAACAGGAAUCUCAGUUAUGCUCCAUGGAUCAACUGGCGGGACAUUGUCAGAGACAGUGAUGCUCAGAUCCAGAUCCAGAACAACGGAAGAAGAGGAUCCUGUGAUUCUACAUGCAGAGAGUUCUGCUGGGGUCCACGUAAAGAUCAGUGCCAGAAAUUGACAAAAACAGUGUGUGCACCUCAGUGUCAUGGUCACUGUUUUGGGACCAACCCUAAUGAGUGCUGCCACACAGAGUGUGCUGGAGGCUGCAUUGGACCAAGAGACACAGACUGCUUUGCCUGUCGACAUGUCAAUCACUCAGGCGCCUGUGUCCCUCACUGCCCUUGGCCCCUGGUGUAUAACCGACAGACCUUUCAGCUGGAGCCCAACUCUGAAGCCAUGUAUCAGUACGGUUCCAUCUGCGUACCCAAAUGUCCUGGUCACUUUAUUGUGGAUGGCAGUGCAUGUGUGAGUAGUUGCCCUCCUGGUAAAAGAGAAAAAAAGAAAAAUGGCAUUAAGCAGUGUGAACCUUGCAUUGGCCUGUGCCCCAAAGUCUGUGAGGGAACGGGAGCCAAUCAUAGACAGACAGUGGACUCCAGUAACAUAGACAGCUUUAUCAACUGUACCAAGAUCCAAGGAAGUCUACAUUUUCUGAUCUUAGGUAUCAAAGGAGAUGUCUAUCAUAGCAUACCACCUCUGGAGCCUGAAAAACUCAAAGUGUUUAACACUGUCAGAGAAAUUACUGGAAUUUUGAACAUUCAGUCUUGGCCUGAUGAACUCAGCGAUCUGUCUGUUUUCUCCAGUCUCACUACCAUUCAGGGAAGGUCUCUACUCAACCGCAAGAGGCCCUUCUCUUUGUUGGUGAUGAAGAUUCCCUCCCUCACGUCUCUAGGACUGCAUUCCUUGCGUGAAAUCAGUGAUGGCUGUGUGUACAUCACUCAAAAUAAAAACCUGUGUUAUCAUCACACCGUUAACUGGACCCAGAUUGUCACCAGUAACUGUGAUAAUGACAUCAAGGACAACAAACCCCCGAUCAAGUGUGAGGAAGAGGGCCAUGUGUGUGACCCACUGUGCUCAGACUCAGGAUGUUGGGGCCCGGGGCCUGAGCAGUGUUUGUCGUGCAGGAACCACAGUCGGCAUGGCACCUGUGUAUCCCACUGCAACCUCUACUCUGGAGAGCCACGGGAGUUUGCAGCACCAAAUGGAGAGUGCCUUGCUUGUCACCCUGAGUGUUUACCCCAAAAUGGAAAACAGACAUGCAAAGGAAAAGGUGCUGAUCAGUGUGUAGCAUGUUCGAACAUGAUGGAUGGCCCUCACUGUGUUUCUACUUGUCCUAAUGGAGUGAAUGGGGAAAAGGGUCAGACCAUUUUUAAAUAUCCAAAUGCAGAAGGUCAUUGUAAGCCCUGUCACCUCAACUGCACAAGAGGAUGCUCAGGCCCAGCACUCACAAACUGUUUAGAGCUCGACAGACUUGUGAACAGUUCUCAGAUCGCAGGUAUAUCAGUUGCUGUGUUUGCUGGUAUCAUCGUGCUCCUGGCAGUGUUUGUGCUUGGUUUUCUGUAUCGCAGAGGCCUGGCCAUCCGCCGCAAAAGAGCACUGAGAAGGUACCUGGAGAGUGGUGAGAGCAUGGAGCCGCUGGAUCCAGGAGAGAAGGGGACAAAAGUGCAUGCUCGCAUCCUAAAACCACAAGAGCUGCGAAAGGGCAAACUUCUGGGCUAUGGAGUCUUUGGGACUGUGAAUAAGGGCUUAUGGAUUCCUGAAGGAGACUCUGUAAAAAUCCCUGUGGCAAUAAAGAGCAUCCAGGACCGCAGUGGCCGGCAGACCUUCACAGAGAUUACUGAUCACAUGCUUGCGAUGGGAGGCCUGGAUCACCCGUAUAUAGUGCGUCUCCUUGGGAUCUGUCCAGGAACAAAUUUGCAGCUAGUCACCCAGCUCAGUCCUCAAGGAUCCUUACUGCAACACCUUCGCCAACACAAAGACCGCCUGGAUCCCCAGCGUCUGCUCAACUGGUGUGUGCAGAUCGCAAAGGGAAUGUAUUAUCUUGAGGAGCACUGCAUAGCCCAUAGGAACCUCGCUGCACGCAACGUGCUGCUCAAGAGUGACUACAUAGUACAGAUCUCAGACUUUGGGGUGGUAGACCUGCUGUAUCCAGAUGAUAAGAAAUAUGUGUACAGUGAACACAAGAAAUCUGUUGAUGUUUUAUGUUGGUUUAUUUUUAGUUUUUAUGUUUUAUGGAUGGCAUUAGAGAGCAUCCUCUUCAGAAGAUACACUCAUCAGAGUGAUGUGUGGAGCUACGGGGUGACUGUAUGGGAGAUGAUGUCAUAUGGAGCCGAGCCAUAUGCAUCCAUGCAUCCUAAUGAUGUGCCAGGUCUACUGGAGAAAGGAGAGCGACUGGCACAACCACAGAUCUGCACCAUAGAUGUCUACAUGGUCAUGGUCAAGUGCUGGAUGAUUGAUGAGAAUGUAAGGCCUACAUUUAAAGAGCUCGCCAGUGAAUUUACGAGAAUGGCAAGGGAUCCACCACGAUACCUUGUGGUGAAACCUCCUCAGAAUUGCGUUGGUGCAGAUGAAAGCCACCAACGAUAUGUUAAAAGCUCUCAUUUAGAGGCAGAUGAUGAUGAUGAUGAUGAGGUAUUGCAGGAUGGGUUUGCUACUCCUCCCCUCCAGCUGUCACCAACUAGAAGUCAUUCUCGCCUCCGUAUGGCCUCCUACAAGAGCACCACAGAACACACACCACCGAUAGGCUAUCUCCCCAUGACCCCAGGAGAAGACCAUAGACAGAUGAGAGCCCAGAGGAGAAAGACGGGCUCAGUGAGGACAGAGUCAGAGUGCUCAGAGGGCAGAGGAACCAUGGUGGACAUUGAAAUGUCUUCUCAAACAGGCAGCCUACGCAGAGGCCGCAGCCGUAUGGACAGCGCCUACAUGUCCACCGGUGUGUCUGUGGCCUCAGAUCCGUUUUCUUCAGGUCUGGAAGGUGCAGACGAGGACCAAUAUGGAUACGUGUUGCCCACAGAAAGAGAUUCCAGAAGCACUGUUCCUCAUGGUAGGACAUCCAGAAACUCCAAGAGUGCUCCACCAAAAACAGAUGUACAAGAGUAUGAGCUAAUGAACAAACGGAGCCCUCGGCUUUCUACUUCACCCACAGACAGCACUGAUGGUUCAUCAGCACUGUGCAACCCAUCCUCCUCUGCUUCUCCCUACACAUGCAGCAUUUCACCACAGAAGAGAGACACUGACUCAACCCAAACCGAACAGUCAGAAAAGGGUGCUAGUCCGCCUGAAGGGGACAGUGUGGAGCCUGCUGCUGCUGCUGCUUGUGAAUACAGUCUGGUUGGAACAUUAACAUGUACUGACGAGAACCAGUCUGAGAGCAGCCCUGUAGAGGAAGAGCCACCUACAGAGCCACGGCCACAAGAAGCAUUGGUCGAGUAUGAAUACAUGGACAUACGUACAGACAUAACCCAGCAAAACAGUCCCGCGAGCAGUCCAGAUGAAGUGGAGAGUGACAGCAGAGAAGCGAUUUACCAAAAUGUAAGUGCAAGACAUAAGGACAACGAGGAUUCUGAUCUCACUACACGGCACAGUGAAUAUGUGGACAUGGAGGCUUCUGGAAGAACUGGCUCUGAGGACAGAGAUCAGGUUGAUUAUCAGAACUUUCCGGUAAAGGGAAGACCCGUUAUGAGAGAGGAGCCACAAAAUACUGGUCUCAGAUCCUACAUAAAAGUGUGUGCGGGAGUGGAGGCACAAAACACUUCAUUUGACAACCCAGACUACUGGCACAGCAGACUUUUCCACAAGAAGGAUGCCGUUUGCACAUAAUUAUUGACUUCAUCUGACUAACAUGAACAAUGUGAUGGAUCAGUGGUGGAAACAGAAUGGACUGGCAGUUUCUAAGGAUGUAUAUCUGCCAUGUGUUCAGUAUUUGAACAUAUACAUUUAUGCUAAGGUGCCAACAAAAUAUUAGACUUUAUUAUAGUAUAAAAUCACUUGUCUUGUUGAAGAUUGGCCUACCUCCACUUGUGUGUCUCUGAUGUGCAACUCCUGUGGUUUUGUAUAGAUUUAUGCUCAUUUUUUAAGACGAUGAUUUUAUUAUUGUAAUUAUUGUAUAUUGAUUUUUCUCUGUCAGUAAAAGUAAUCUUUCAAGUU